AAGAAAAUGUCAGUCAGCAUGCAUGAGAAUCGGAAGUCUAGAGCCAGCACUGGCUCUAUAAACAUAUAUUUAUUUCACAAAUCUUCAUAUGCUGAUAGUGUCCUCACUCAUCUGAACCUUCUACGUCAACAACGUCUAUUUACAGAUGUGCUUCUCCAUGCUGGGAACAAGUCAUUCCCUUGCCAUAGAGCUGUCCUAGCUGCUUGUAGUCGUUAUUUUGAAGCCAUGUUCAGUGGGGGUCUUAAAGAAAGCCAAGCCAGUGAAGUCAACUUCCACAAUUCCAUCCAUCCAGAGGUUCUAGAACUUCUCCUGGACUAUGCUUACUCUUCAAGAGUCAUCAUCAAUGAAGAAAAUGCAGAGUCCCUUUUAGAGGCAGGUGAUAUGUUGGAAUUCCAAGACAUUAGAGAUGCUUGUGCAGAAUUCUUAGAGAAGAACCUUCAUCAUACUAAUUGUCUUGGCAUGCUGCUUCUGUCAGAUGCUCACCAGUGUACUAAACUUUAUGAACUGUCUUGGAGGAUGUGUCUUAGCAACUUUCAGACCAUCAGCAAAAGUGAAGAUUUUCUCCAGCUUCCAAAAGACAUGGUUGUUCAGCUGCUCUCUAGUGAAGAAUUAGAGACUGAAGAUGAACGAUUAGUUUAUGAGUCUGCCAUGAACUGGAUUAACUAUGAUCUAAAUAAACGCCACUGUUAUCUGCCAGAACUAUUGCAGACUGUGCGACUGGCUCUUUUGCCAGCCAUCUAUCUAAUGGAAAAUGUAGCCACUGAAGAGCUGAUCACCAAGCAAAGGAAAAGCAAAGAGAUUGUAGAAGAAGCAAUCAGGUGCAAAUUGAAGAUUCUGCAGAAUGAUGGUGUGGUCACUAGUUUAUGUGCUAGACCUCGAAAAACUGGGCAUGCCUUAUUUCUUCUGGGAGGCCAAACUUUUAUGUGUGACAAAUUAUAUCUUGUCGACCAAAAAGCAAAGGAGAUCAUUCCAAAAGCUGACAUCCCAAGUCCAAGGAAAGAGUUCAGUGCGUGUGCCAUUGGCUGUAAAGUCUAUAUUACUGGUGGUCGGGGAUCUGAAAAUGGAGUCUCUAAAGAUGUUUGGGUGUAUGAUACACUUCAUGAAGAAUGGUCCAAAGCAGCUCCAAUGCUAGUUGCUCGGUUUGGUCAUGGUUCUGCUGAACUCAAACACUGUCUAUAUGUUGUAGGAGGUCACACAGCAGCUACUGGUUGUCUUCCAGCUUCUCCUUCAGUAUCCUUAAAACAAGUAGAACAAUAUGAUCCUGUGACUAACAAGUGGACAAUGGUUGCCCCACUUCGAGAAGGAGUAAGCAAUGCUGCUGUAGUCAGUGCAAAGUUAAAACUAUUUGCUUUUGGUGGUACCAGUGUCAGUCAUGAUAAGCUUCCAAAAGUACAGUGUUAUGACCUGAGUGAAAACAGGUGGACUGUACCAGCCACUUGCCCUCAGCCAUGGCGAUACACAGCUGCAGCUGUUCUGGGCAACCAAAUUUUUAUUAUGGGUGGAGAUACUGAAUUCUCUGCUUGCUCAGCUUAUAAAUUCAACAGUGAAACCUAUCAGUGGACUAAAGUGGGAGAUGUGACAGCUAAGAGAAUGAGUUGCCAUGCUGUUGCAUCUGGAAACAAAUUAUAUGUUGUGGGGGGCUACUUUGGGAUCCAGAGAUGCAAAACACUAGAUUGCUAUGACCCCACGCUUGAUGCGUGGAACAGCAUAACCACAGUGCCCUAUUCACUAAUUCCAACUGCAUUUGUGAGCACAUGGAAACAUCUCCCUUCUUAACUGCAUGUGUGCCUAUUCAGUUUAUUACAUUGUAUGCUGAAUAAACCUUGGAACCAACUGCACAGAAUGGUUUUAAUGAAGAAAUUUCUUUUUUGAAUUUGAAGAUAUUCUGCACCUUCUAAAUUCUUAAAAGUUGGAAAUGAAGGAAUGGGAGUGGGAAUAUUGUUUUCAGUAUAUCAGCACAUGCUUUAACUAUGAACGAAUGAACCCAUGAUCUGGUCCUUGUGUUAGUAAUUGUGGAUUAAUGUCAAGUUUAAUCCUUUCAAGGCAGGGGGAGGUAAGGGGGGGGGGAUGAGCUUUUCAGAGCUGCAUAACACAGCACAACCCUCAAUUAUCAUGGACUUUGCUUUUUGUGUGCAAAAUUUGAAAUGGUUGUCACCUCCCUUUGUGACGAUUUGAAGUGUCAACAGCAGCUGCAAAGGAAGCGGACAAGGCCUGGAUCAGCAAGACGUACGUCUUUGUGAAUGAAGAUGCAGCUCUGUGCCUUCCGUGGGGAUGAGCUUUGUCCUAGGCAGUGCCAGGAGCAUCCAUUUAAAUUGUUGAGUUGCGUUGGGGCUCUGAAUUACUUUCUAAAGAGCAGCAGCUCAGUUAUUAAAAAAAAAAAAGUUUUUUUUCAGUAUCUGUGGGAGAGAGAAUAACUCUUCUUCCCCUAGAUACACACUAUUUCUUGUAUUUAUUAAUUAUGACUGUCCUGCUUCUAGAUUGUUACUUGUUGUAGAUACAGCUAUUUAUUGUUCAGUGCCUGCAUGCUGAAACAAUGCCUGGAGUCAUUUUCAAGUUAUAAGGGCUUACGGGAAUCUUAUGUUUUGCACAUUCUGUGAUCUCUGACUUGCUCUGCUGCACAAGAAAAAGGCUGAAUAAUAUUUGAGAAGAGAAUUAGGUAGGGGUCAGAAAUGGAAGGAUUACAAGGUAGCAUCUUAAAUUGCAUACGUACUGAAGGAAGAAGCCAUGGAGGAUGUUUUCUCAGGCCACUGACUCCCUAAAUUACAUGUGUGGCCUGCUGAUAGUAUUUCUGUUACACUUUAUUUGCCUAGUCAUGCUUUUUGAAUGAAAACAUCUAGAAAGAGACACAAUAGCUUUUGUAGCUCUCUUUUUGUGCAGCCUCAUCACUACUGGAAAGGGGAUAGGAGGGAAAUUCUACAGAGCUUUUUUUCUCUAGAGUCUUUCAGAUUUGUGAUAUCAUCCAGUUUGUUUUUAUUUAUUUAUUUAUAGCUGAUGGGAUGUUUGAUGUGCCAUUUAUGUGACCAGGGGAAUUUUUUUUUCUCUUUAAGAGAUGUGAAACCUGGGGGAAAGGGUUAGUUUCUGUUUAAAUUAACACUAAUUUGCUUGGUUUAUCUUCUUGGAUUAAAAUGGUAUUAACACACAUUCUUCUCCCCCAACUGUUUCUUACAAGUUUAGAUAUAAUAAUUAGGAUGAUCAAAUGGGGAGCAUGAAGUUGCUAAAUUCAUUUAAUGUAUUCUUUUGCAUUAAUUAGCAAAUUGAGCUUUCAGAGGCAUAGUAGCUGGAAGUAUCAUGUAGGAUCCUGAUCAAUUAAAGGAUUUUUAAAUGUCUUCCAUGAACCUUAUUUUUUUGGCUUGAAUGUAAAAGUAAACCCUCUCAUUCCCUCCUGGUGUACUUAACCCAUAGUUCCUUUGUCCAACUUUCUAGUUGUGCUUUUCAUAAGAAUUGGUACAGCCCAAACAAUAUACUGCUACCAGUCCUCCAUUGUGGUUGGUUGUCUUGUCUUAAUGUUGUGUAAGCAAACUAUUUUGAAAUGCAUGCAUGCAUGCUUAAAAAGAGUUAUAAUGAUCAUGUCUGCUUACAUUUUGAUAAUGUAGCUCAACUCUGACAGUUUUUAUUGUAAGGAACAACACUUUAAGUUGUGUUCAUGGCACAAUCCUGAACAUGUUUACUCAUGUAAACUUGGGCUUACUCCCCAGUAAACAUGUUUAGGACUGUAACCAUCAGCUUUAGAGAACUUUCUCAUGUUGCCGUAGGUUUUUUUUCCCUGAUUCUCAAUAUAUAUAUGCAUUUCUUAUGUGUUAUCUUAAGUAAGAAAUGAAUGUAUGUGAAGUUUUUCAAAUUGUUAGUUGUGGUUCUUAGCAUGGGUAGCAGAGAGGAUUGAAAGUCUGAAUUAUAUAACUCAUAAACAUUGUAUUGUGAGCCUCUGUUGAUUUACAUGUUAUUGACCAAAGUCUGAUUUUUUUGGGUCAAUCUGACCCAAAAAGAUUGGCCAGUUGCCUUCAUUUAAGAAUGACUCUGCUUCUGAACUCUGAUUCAUAUAUCCAAGGGUGAAGUGAUAUGAAUGUUCAUAUCACUGGGGUGUUUAACAGUUAGUACACCACUACGCAAGCUAAUACACAUAGUACAGUUGCAUUAACUUAUGGAAGGAUAAGAAUACAAUUUGUUGUUGGUCACUAUUUAUCCUAGAAGGGCUUGGUAAUAUUGAUAGUUAGGUGGGUUUGCAAAGCAAAGUGGGAAAACUAGAAAAAAGCCAUCACCAUUAAAUUUACAAAAGUACAAUAAUCAGUUAAGUUUGUAUAAAGCCCUGUCUCUGCAAAUUCUAUCCAAAUGUCUCUUAACUUCCAUUUGGAUUAGAGGUAUUUUUACAUUCAUUUUAUAUAGGCAUUAAUGGCUUUUUUUUUUUUUUUUUUGCCUAGAAGGGUCAAAACAUUCUUUGUUGUGAGAAGUGACAGAAUUCUGUCUGCGUACUUCUCCAUGGAAUUGUUGAGCUUAUAACACAAAUCUGUUUUGUAAUACCAUCCAAUUUCCUAAAGUGUCUGAAGUUUUUGCAGUUGCAUUUCAAAGCAGUAGCUUGCUUUCAAGUCCUUGGAUUUAAUUCAUGGGUAUAGGCAGAAGGGAACUGAAAAUCAGGGUGGGCCUCUAGCCCUGCAGGCGAAUAUUUUGGGCUCUUACUCUUUGAAUCGACAUGGGAAUCUUGAUUCGCUACUUGGCGAUUUCCAAUCUGAAAAAUAGCCCACACUUCUGAGACAAAUGCAGUUCACAUAAGAGUGCACACAAAAACCUUGGCAUAAGACGAGAAAGUUCUUCCUAUUUUGUGGGCCAGUUGCUGUGGAAACGUUGAACAAAGGACAACCUACCACUUCUGGUAUAAUUGUGUAGCCCCUUUUCUUUAGGCCUGACACCUGUCUGAAUAAGAGUGAUUAGAGCUGAAUAGUGUCCCUUGUCUGGCAACUGAAGAUGCGGUUCACGUACAAAAAAAAGUGAAGAAGUAAAAUGUCUAUGUUGUCUCUGUAUGCUACUACGUUUUGAGGUUUUGUAAAACUGCAUUUUUUUCACAAUGUGAAACUGAAGGUCAAUAAAUUAUUAGAGAUUUUCUCUUAAAUAA